UUUCGAUUGGAUCAUUGAAGUUGAAGUCUGGUCUUCUUUCCUUAUUGCUUCAUUGACGUGUCCACCAAUACCAAAGUAUCUUCCUGUGAGAAGUUGGAGCUCUACAUUUAGACGGCUUUUCAUCAGUAAAGCCCCUAGCUUUCUGGGGUAGAAAAUUAUAAUUUCUUCAAAGUGGGAUUUACAAAUCCACGGGAUUCUGCCGGCAAGAGAGAACAAACAAAAAGCAUUCUUUCAUUCUAUUGAUGCAUUCUUCCAGGAUCGCUCACUGACGUGUUUUGUGUACUUCUCCAGCCUUUCGUAAAAAAGAAAAAAAAGAAGAAAAGACUCAACUCUCUCUCCGGGUGUUCCUGUUGUUAAAUUUUCUUUCAUCGUGUCACGUUCAGCUGUGUAACUGUUACCAGUGUCAGUUGUGUCAAAAUGACGCACAGGAACUAAACAGGGAUGAGUCUUCCAAGAACAUUGAGUUGGCACUUUAAUGGGUGCACUGUGAAGCACACGUCUUGUGAGCACACGACAACUGUUGAUAUAUUCUUGCACAGUUUGAUCUGCGUCAGUGAAAGAACCAAGGGAGACCUGUACGUUCGAGUCAUCACAUUCCGACUCCCAAGAAAUGCAGCUCUCCCCAGAGUUCAGCUGUCAGCUCAACAGAGUGACGUGAGAACACCAUAACGCUGCAUGCCUACCAGAACAGGGCGGUAUCCAGCAACAGCUGCUCUCAUGGCGCAUCUGCAUCAGAGAACGAUAGCUUUGGACCUCCAUUGGGAACAAACGGUGCCCAAGAAAAGUGGUCAGAAAGGUCGACGACUGGGAUGGACCGCAUUAAAGAAGGCACCCGAGAAGACACUUCAAAUCAACAUCCAACUGUAGUAGUGAAGACAGAGCCGUACGAUGCUGCAAUAUCUGCAGGGCAGGAACAUAUGGGACACAGCAUUGACUCUGCAUCAGAAGAUGCAGCAGGAAGCAGUGGUGUUCUUCAUAUUGAGGAUGACCCGCAUGACCAUUGUGAUACAAUGUCUUCAGAUUGUGAAUCUUCAAGUGUGCACUCAAACAUCAAUGCAAGAACUGUUCAACCUCCGCUUGACAACACUGUCCCAGUAUCUGUCACUGGUCAAGCUACGGAUUCCAAGCAUGGAGACGUUGCUCUAGGCCAAAGCGAGACCGAAGACGCUUGCGAGACGUCGACCUCCAACUGUGAGGAAGACAGCUUCUACAAGUACAACGUUUCUCUGGCUAAGUGGAUUGAUAGUGGUCUCUUGGAAGUACAACUGACAACUCAUGAAACGAAGACAUUUAGCUGCGACACAUGUUCUGCAACAUUCUGUCACAUGUCGACUCUACGAGCACACUUGAAACGCCACACAGGAGAAGGGUUGCACAAGUGCACACUGUGUGCACUUGUGUGCACGUCGUACGCUGGCCUGAAACGCCACAUGCUUGUACACGCUUGCAACGAGUCUGAACGGGGUCCUACUGCUUCGGAAGAUCAGGUGGGAGGGGUGAGGCUCAAGAGCGAACAAUGUGCCACUAUACUAUCCCAGUCCGAGAGUGCCAAGGACCCUGUGCCGCACCAAAUUGGUGAAAAACCAUACAAAUGUGAUCUCUGCCCUGCAGGGUUCAGUCACAGCCCGAGCCUACGACGCCACAAGCUGACGCACAUUUGUGAGAAGCCAUACAAGUGCGAUCUCUGCCCUGCGGAGUACAAAGACAGCACGAACUUGCGGCGUCACAAGCAGACGCAUGUGGGCGAGAAGCCGUACAAGUGCAACCUCUGUCCCGCAGAGUUCUUUCGGAGGACAAACCUUCAGGCUCACAAAAGGACACACACGGGUGAAAAGCCAUACAAGUGCAGUCUCUGCAGUGCCACAUUUCUCCGUCACGAUCACCUGAUGCUGCACACACGGACACACACGGGUGAGAAGCCCUACAAGUGCGAUGUCUGUCCUGCAGAGUUCAGCCAGAGCACUAACCUGCGAAGCCACAAGCAGACUCACAAUGGUGAGAAGCCACACAAGUGUGAUUUCUGUCCUGCAGAAUUCAGCCACAGCACGAACCUGCGGCGUCACAUGCAGACGCACACAGGCGAGAAGCCAUACAAGUGCAAUGCCUGUCCUGCAGAGUUCAGGCAGAAUGCGCACUUGCAACGUCACAAGCAUACACACACGGGCGAGAAGCCAUACAAGUGCAAUCUCUGCCUUGCCGAGUUCAGGCAGAGCGCACACCUGCGGAGUCACAAAGUGAAACACGCGGGUGAGAAGUCAUACAAGUGCAGCUAGUGUCCUACAGAGUUCAUCCAGAACGCGAACCUGCGGCAUUGCAGGCAACAACAUACGGGCAAGAAGCCAUACGAGUGCGAUGCCUGUACCACAGAGUUCAGGCAGAGUGUGCACCUGCAAUGUCACAAGCAUACACACACGGGCGAGAAGCCAUACAAGUGCAAUCUCUGCCUUGCAGAGUUCAGGCAGAGCGCACACCUGCAGAGUCACAAAGUGAAACACACGGGUGAGAAGUCAUACAAGUGCAGCUAGUGUCCUGCAGAGUUCAUCCAGAGCGCGAACCUGUGGCAUUGCAGGCAACAACAUACGGGCAAGAAGCCAUACGAGUGCGAUACCUGUACCACAGAGUUCAGGCGGAGUGUGCACCUGCAAUGUCACAAGCAUACACACACGGGUGAGAAGCCAUACAAGUGCAAUCUCUGCCUUGCACAGUUCAGGCAGAGCGCACACCUGCGGAGUCACAAAGUGAAACACGCGGGUGAGAAGUCAUACAAGUGUAGCUAGGUUCCUGCAGAGUUCAUCCAGAGCACAAACCUGCGGCAUUGCAGGCAACAACAUACGGGCAAGAAGCCAUACGAGUGCGAUGCCUGUACCACAGAGUUCAGGCAGAGUGUGCACCUGCAACGUCACAAGCAUACACACACAGGCGAGAAGCCAUACAAGUGCAAUCUCUGCCUUGCAGAGUUCAGGCAGAGCGCACACCUGCGGAGUCACAAAGUGAAACACGCGGGUGCGAAGUCAUAUAAGUGUAGCUAGGUUCCUGCAGAUUUCAGCCAGAGCACAAACCUGCGGCAUUACAGGCAACAAUAUACGGGCAAGAAGCCAUACGAGUGCGAUGCCUGUACCACAGAGUUCAGGCAGAGUGUGCACCUGCAACGUCACAAGCAUACACACACGGGCGAGAAGCCAUACAAGUGCAAUCUAUGCCUUGCAGAGUUCAGGCAGAGCGCACACCUGCGGAGUCACAAAGUGAAACACGCGGGUGAGAAGUCAUACAAGUGUAGCUAGGUUCCUGCAGAGUUCAGCGAGAGCAUGUACCUGCAGCAUCACAAGCAGACUAUUGUGGUCGAGAAACUAUGUAUUUAUUUAGAACUUUGUUUCACACUUCCAGAUGUGUGGUUGAAAUUAGGGAAACCAUCUUAGUGCACGCUCUGCAGUGGCCACGUUCCUCGUCUGUGAACAUUUGAUGUGUCACGUGGUUGCACACUGGCAAGAAGCUGGACACAUGUAGCCCAUUUCUUUUUUGUUAAUAAUGCUCAAAGCGUCAUAGAUAGAGGAGCUGCAGCUUGUCGUCUUGUCUCAUGAUCUCCACUUUGUGGUAAUCACUCAAAACUGGUUCAAUGACAAUAGCAGUCUUGAGGAGGUAGUCAUUUCUUGUUAUCAUGUUUUUAGGUGUGAUCAUCUUACCUGUGAUAUUCUGUAUACAUCCAUUCAAACUACUUA